AUGGGGAACAUAACUUGCGUUCCUCAGGCACCCGGGCGGCUCAGAGGCUCUUUCCGAAGGAAGCCUUCGCUGAAGAAAGGACAAAAUGGCAAGAAAAAACUGCCCAGCUUUUUUGGUAUAGAAGGAGGGCAGGAGAGAGAUACGACCACAGACAAAAUCCUGCAGUAUAUUCCAGGAAAGAAUAUUCAGACCCAGGAAAACCAGAAGGAAAACUUGGAUCAGAGGUUCUACAGCCUGUUCAAUGAGGAACAAAGGAAAACAGUUGUCAGGAAUCUGGAUAAAAUAAUCUAUUACUCCAAGGUCAAGUUUAAGUUUCAGCACUGCCCGGAGGUGAAUGAUUGCUUCUUGGAACUGUUCCAGUCUUACCUGUACUUCCAGUCUACAGGCUCCAACGGACUCACCUAUCGGGGACACCUGCCUUUGAAAGAGCUGAAAGUGUGUGCAGUUGAGAAUGGGAAGAGCGCUGGGCAGGAGGAUCACGCUUUCCGCGUUGCAGGUCCUCUGCUGAAUCCCCUUAUCGUGUUCUGCCCUUCUGAGGAAGAGCUGAAGCAGUGGCUUUAUCACCUGGAAAAACAGAUCCAGCUAAAUGGAGGAAGCCUUGCCCUGCCCUUCCUCUCGCAGAACAACGGGAAGCAGAGCUCUGUGGGGAAGAAGGAUCUGUGUCAGUCCGUGCAGAACAUGCCUGUCCAGGAGUGGAGAGGGACCGAGCGGGAAUCCCUAGGCGAUGUCCUCUGUGUUUCCAAAGUGAAGCUUCAGCAUCUGCCUUUCCAGGAGCAGCACGACCGGCUGUUGGUGCUUUACCCAUCCACGCUGGUGAUAGUAUCUGAAGAGUGCGGCGGCCUCUGUUUUAAGGGCGAGCUGUCACUCAACGCCAUCCGAGUGAAUUUUGAAGAGAACAACAAAACCUCCUUUUUAAUAGAAGGCCGCCUCAUCAAUUCGAUCCGGGUGAUCUGCCGCAGCUAUGAUGAUUGCCAGAAGUUGCUCGGCUGUGUCAAAGCAGCCCAGUUUCGAAACGCCGACUCCUUCCUCUCUGGAUCAGAGAGUUUUUCGGGAUCAAAGCUGCCACACGCCGGGCAGUUUGCUGGCAGCGGGAGAGGGUCGCUCACUUCGGACAGCCGCACAAACUCCUGGGCGUCGGGAGGGAGAGCGACCACCUUAACGCACCUCUCCCAGAAGAGCGGCUCUCUCCCUGAUGGACAGUCCUUCGUGCUGAUGUCUGAGAGCGGGGUGCCCGAAGACCCCCCCUCCCCUGGCUAUUCCCAGCCUUUCCAUUGCCUGGCACGGGCCGACUGGCCAAGCGCGGGGCUGCCCGCACAGGACCUGCGGAGAGGGGGCAGCGCCCGAAAGUCCAAGGGCAAAUGUGGGCCUUGUGGCCACCAGCUGCCCGGCCAGGACACGGAGAGGACCAUCUGCGGCCUCAUUCCCAAAAAUCCCAACGGCGAGCUCCUGUCCUCGGUGUACAACGAGCCGUACGCCACGCACGGCUCACAGCGUCACCCGCCUUACCCGGAGCUGAGCAAUUUCCUGCAGUGUCAUGGCCAGACAGGUUCAGCGCAGGCCAACGGGUGCCCAGCCGUGCCACAUCUCUCGCUGCGGAAGAGGAGCUGCCAGCCCCUGCCCAGCAGCCACUGCAGAGAAGUGCCCGUGGCUCCGAGUUACAGCAUGCCCGACACUUCGUGCCGUCUCCAGCCGCGGCCUCCUCCUGACACUUCUUAUCUUGAAGAUGUCUCUUCUCUGCAAGAGGAACACCUGGGCCCAUCAUUGCAGCCACCAGAUGGGCAUUUCAGCACUUACAGCCUACCUGAAGCCAGCUGCCCAGACCUCGACUCCCCAGCCUACCAUGACUACGCCGAGCUCCAGAGCUUGCAGAGCGACUUCAGCUAUGACAACCUGUGGGAAGCCGAGGAGAAGGAGCCGGGCUCCCCACACGCCUUCCCACCUCCCAGCCAGCAGUUUUACCAAGCCUGA